UUGUUCUAUUAGCUCUGCUGGCUCACUGUGUGGCAUGAUAGAUAUAAACAGCUCUGUUCUGUUUAUUCCUCCUGAACAGGAUGCCAGGUGCCGCCUGGGGACUAGGUGUCGACCUCAUAUGUCAUCACUACAGAUCACUGUGAUCUGAUUCUCUAGCGUCAGUCUAUCUACCUCUCAAAGCUCGGUUCUUAAGCCGCAAAGACAUGGAAUCUGUGUGUUUUGAAGUGGAGGAUCUGCUUUUGAUGUCGUUGCCAGCCUAAAAUGCCCCAGCUGGUGACCUCUGACAUGUAAAUGGCGUCCAAAGUGAGAGAUGCUGUGGUCUGGUACCAGAAGAAGAUUGGCGCUUAUGACCAACAGAUAUGGGAGAAGUCUGUUGAACAAAGAGAAAUCAAGUUUAUUAGACUGGGCCUGAGGAACAAGCCGAAGAAGACAGGCCAUGUGAAAGCAGACCUCAUUGAUGUGGACCUAGUGAGAGGUAAGGAGGACACACCAUCUGUCUCAUUCACUCAGACACUGUCUGUCCCAGUCCAACCAUGUUGACUGUCUGUCCCAGUCCAACCUGUUGACUGUCUGUCCCAGUCCAACCUGUUAGCUGUCUGUCCCAGUCCAACCUGUUAGCUGAGCAGAGUGGUGCUACGUUAGUGUC